UCUCUGCUUGUAGAACACAUGAAAUUCAUGGAAAUAUGAACUUAACUCAGAAAAUGAGUGUAAAAUUAUUGAUAUUCAGUGGAAAUCAUGCUACGUUUAUAUGAAAUGCACAAAAACCAUCAGAUAUAUCGUAACCUCUAGAUUCUAUAUGCAUUUCAUAUGAAUGUCACAUUGUUUUCCACAUAGAUUUCAAUUAAAACAGAGUUGACUGAUUCAAGUGAUUUGCACAUACAUUUGUGCUGUACUUAUUCCCACUAGAAAAUGAAGUGUAUAACACAUGUUGUUCGAUUCAAUAGCAAAACAUAUCACAUCCAAAGAAAAAACACAUCAAAGUUUGGCACGUCUCCAACGAAAACAACUGGCACUAUACGAUGCCUUACUUCGUGAUUCUCGUCAAGAACUACCUAAGUGGAAUGCCAGUUUAAUAGAGGCCCAAAAAUAUCUUGUCGAGGGAAAUAAGUUUCUUGAGGCUGGCUUCCAAAUCAAACAAAACUGUUAUGUGCGGUUCGUUAAUAUGCCACCGACAAGCGUCCAGGUGGUGCACAAUGUAGCAUUCCCGAACAACGAUCAUGUUGGACAUUUUCUACAGGUAAAAGGUAGAGUGUUUCGAAUGAGUCAGGCUAAUUUUCUGGAGUUCAAACGAGAGUAUGUUUGUAACCGGUGUCGGCACGAGUUUACGAUAGAAGCCCAGUACGAACAAAGUUACGUAUUUGAUGUGCCCCGAAGUUGUCCGAUGGCACUAGAAACUGGAUGCAAAGGUUUUCCUGAGCAAAAAAGUGCACAGCCCCAUACGGACUAUUGCCGACAUUCGCAGGAGGUACGUAUUCAGGAGAUUCAAAGCGAUAAAAAUAUUCCCACAAUGUUGGUUAUAACGCUUGAAAAUGAUCUGGUAGACAGUUGCCAACCGGGAGAUUGUGUAACCAUUGUUGGGACAGUGGAGCGUCGCUGGAGACCGCUGGUUGCAGGCAGAAAGACUGUAGCCACCGUAUCAAUGCUUGCUAAUAGUGUAUGCAAGGACGACACCAAGAUGGCAUCGGGGAAAGAAUUACCAGAACAUCUUGUUCUCACCAAAGCUGACUGGCAAAACACUGUCAAAGAUAUAGGAGAAUCAGCAGCGCGAGAUUUACUGGUGCAAUCGAUAUGCCCGGAAAUAUACGGAAUGUAUCCCGUUAAACUUGCCUUAGCUCUUUCGUUAGCCAGUUGUACAGAUAGAUACAUUGGUUGUGAAACGGCCGUUCGGGGACAUUCACAUUUGUUGCUCAUUGGUGAUCCAGGAAUGGCGAAAUCGAGGCUCCUAAAACGUGUUUCAGAAAUCGCAGUGCGAUCGAUAUUCACGACCGGAGUGGGGUGCUCGACAGCCGGGUUAACAGCGGCUGCUGUGAAGGAAAACGGCGAAUGGCAAUUGGAAGCGGGAGCACUGGUUCUAGCCGAUGGCGGCGUUUGUUGUAUCGAUGAAUUCAAUCUUAUGCGCGAAAUAGACAAGGGAUCACUGCACGAAGCGAUGGAACAACAAAGAAUCAGCAUGGCAAAGGCGGGAUUGGUUUGUAAGCUGAGCUCAAGAUGUGUUGUAUUGGCCGCAACCAAUCCCAAACAUUUAUACUCGAUGAUUGAAAUAGGGCAAACGUCGAAUUUAGGAGUCGGAGGACCUUUGUUAAGUCGAUUUGAUGUUGUUUUAUCACUAAGUGCCUCAGAUGAUGUUAACUGGCAUAGUCCGAUGUCCAAUCACGUUUUAUCGCUCGCGGUUGUCGAAGAAUCACGGGAAAGAUAUGCACAAACACCUUCGGGAGGGCACUGGGAAUUGGAACGACUACAGACUCAUUUCCAGGCGAUUCGAGACAUUCAUCCAAAAAUAUCGAAUGAUGCGAAUACCAUACUAUCUGCCUACUAUAAACGUUGUCGGUUAAAUUCAGAUGGUACAUUGGCUCGUACAACCGUUCGAUUAUUGGACAGUUUAGUUCGUAUUUCUCAAGCCCAUACUCGCCUGAUGUUCCGUGAGGAAGUCACUGCUCUGGAUGCCCUAGUCGCCGUUCGCCUUAUGGAUUCCAGCUGGGGCUUCGGAAAAAUAUUUCGUCCAAUUGAUCUGCUUAGAGCUCCGCUUCCGCUCGGGCCGGAUUCGGCGGAAAUAGCAGAGAUGCUACAGAUAUUACAGCUGAGCAAAUUAGUUCAAGAGAUCCGCGUCGAGCAAGUAGAUAGAUCCAAACUAAACCAGUACCAGCAGAAAUUGGCAGCGACAGCUAAAAAAAAGGAUGCAACUCCGGUCAAUAAAUGGGAUACUGUUAGCGUAAGUCCCAUGAGUAAAUUUGCAGAGCUAGUUCUUCGAGAUUUGGAUAAUAAUAAUAAGAGCGACAACAAACCUGCAGCCACGGACAUCGAUCCGAAUCGGUUUCAAUCACAAAAGCGAAGCACAUCGGAUGUUGGUGACCUGUAUUCGAAAUACUCAUUUACGCAAAAUAGAAAAAAUGCCACUAAAAAAAUUAAAGUUAGUGAACCGACGAGACUUCAUUCGUCAAAAAAAGUUGCUUCCAAAAAUACAAUGCCACUUGAUGCCAGUUUGAAGGAAAAUUUAGGAAAUGGUGAACUGGAUUGUAUACUGAGCAGCUUGCGUCAAAACUUCAUGAAGGAACUUUCGAAAGCUACCCAGCCGAAUAUAGAAGAAAUUAUUCCUCAAAGUAGUCAAGUGACCAGCAGUGGAAGAUCUCAAACAUUACGGGAAGAGUCUUUCAACGCUAUGCUUGAUGUAAGUAAUCUGUUGGAUGACGAUGAACUGGCCACCAAUGACAGUCAACAAAAAAACAUACAAACCGCCAUCAGUCUAGCAUCAACAGAAACCGGCCUCAGCGUUUUCAAUGAUUGUACACUCGUACGGACAAAUUCCGUUGAGACAUUCCCGUCUAUUCAGUUAAAUAGAGACCAUACUCCGUUGGUUAAUCCUAUCGCAGAGAAAGCAACGAUUUCAUACAAUUCGAUGAAUAAAUUCCAAUUCAAACGGCCACAAAAAGAUCAGCUGAGAGUUUCGCAGAUGUUGACACCAUCUGCGUCUGCGAAAUUUCCUGCAAAUGCAAGUGCCCCCUUUUUAAAUAUUAAAUCAUUAAGAGAUGAAUCUGAUCGUCGAUUUACAUGUGAAAACCAAAAUAACGCGACAGAUUCACUUUGUUCGACCUAUUCCAAUACAGUUAUGGCCUCGGAAGCGAAAGAGUCUGUAUCUCGUUAUCAAUUCAAACAUCAAUCGCAGAAGAAUCGAACCAAUCCCGUGGAAAUGAGUCCAAUGCUCCUCCAAUCGAAGAACGACGUCGGAGUCAACCGUGAAACUACCGGCAAAAGAAAACUAUCCGAUCAAACAUUGAGCAAACUUAGAGGAUUUGAGUUCAUUCGGCAGGAUCAGAACAAACCAAACAACGAAUCGAAAGAUAAUAGCAGCCAGGCGAGUCACACUGCUAAGGCAGCUAAAAUAACGGAAACGAGCGUUUUCGUGACACUUGGAGAGCAGAGAGAUCCGGAUGAGGAUUUGGCAUUUUUAGAUGCUAUUGACUUUUGAUCUCUUGUCAAGUAAAAAACGAAAAUAAAAACUUAAGCUAGUUUCAACACGCUUUUUAUUUACAGUUCAAAUACAGCGUCGUGAAAUAUGUAAC